GGAAGGCCUUCCUUUCCUUUGUUUAUAUUUUUCUGCAGAAAGGCGUGGAAGGGGGAAAAAUUAAGCCAUCUCCUUCUCCUUCUCCUUUUCCUUUUCUGAUUCACGACAAACAUUUUUAGGUUUCCUUCCUUCUCUCCCUCUUCAAUUGAUUCCUCCAUUAACAACCAGCUGAGGUUCUUCCAAACUUCACACCCCGCUCACCUUCUUCUCACCUCAGAAACUUAAUUCGUUACUCUGUCUGUCUUCUUCGUCUGCCCAGAUACUGAUGUAAAAGGACUUUCUGGCUCUUUCUACACAAUAGCUACACAAUGGCUAUUGAGACUUUUGGAAAAGCGCCAAUGUUUGACGAGGAUGAUGAGGACAACAUGCCAAUAGUGUUCAAAAGGAGUAGUGCAUCUAGGCAAAAUCAGUUAGAUUCUGAAGCUAAACAGAGGUUGAAUAAGUUGUCCGGGAGGCAGGGUUCUGAUGUAUGUUCAGCCAAUGGCCAAAGCUCUAAUGCUCAAAACAGGACGACUUCAUUGCCAAAGACAUCGCCCAUGAAAUCAUCUGAAGUAGGAACUCAGAAAGCAUCCAAUUCCUCUACCCAGGCACCACCUGUGAAAUCACCAGGCACAACUUUAAAAGUUUCAGAUUCUACGGAUAGUCAAUCAAAACAUUUGGUAAAGGCUGCUGUGAAAGAGGAGAGUGAUAGGCAUCCUACUAAUGAAAGUAGUGACUCUGAAGAUGAUAAACCAUUGAGUUUUAGAUUGAAAGGGAAUUCCAACCCCCCUGGUAAAGGGCUUGUACCAACGGUACUAAAGAAUAAGGUCGAAAAAUCGUCAGGAGAUUCUGAUGAUGAAAUUCCUCUGUCAUCAAAAUUUCACAUGAAGUCUACUUCACGGGUAUCUGGUGGUAAUCAACAUGGUUUUGAUGAAAAGAAACCAUUGAUUUCAAAAGUUCAUCAGAAUGGUUUGACCUCAGGGGAUAAGCUCCAAAAGCCUGGUGUUAUUUCCAGCAAGAGACCUCUUCCUAAUGCAGAUUCCCAUUCCUCGCCUCAAUUUUCAUCAAAAAAGCCAAAACUUUCAGACUCAUCUACUCCUUUGGGUAGUAAGCUAGUAUCAGUGAAAGCAAAACAAGAAGUAGAUGACGACGAUGACCAUAUUCCUAUUUCACAGAGAAUGAAGAAGGUGGUGGCUGUAUCAGCGAAUAAGUCAUUAAGUUCUAAGAAAACAGUUUCAAAAGUUGUUUCGUCUUCAAUGAAGAAAACAUUGAAGAAAUCCAAAAAGCCAGUCAAGAAAUCUAAAUAUGUCAAGUCCACGAAGUUGCUGCCCAGUUCCGGCGAUGGACAGAAAAAAUGGACUAGCUUGGUUCAUAAUGGUGUCAUUUUCCCACCUCCAUACCAGACUCAUGGAGUGAAGAUGAUUUAUAAGGGGAAGCUUGUUGAUUUGACUCCUGAACAAGAGGAGGUUGCAACCAUGUUUGCUGUGAUGAAGGAUACAGAUUAUAUGCAAAAACCUAAAUUCAAAGAAAAUUUCUGGAAUGACUGGCGGAAAUUACUUGGGAAAAACCAUGUCAUUCAAAAUCUGGAUGAUUGUGAUUUCACCCCAAUAUAUGACUGGUAUCAGACAGAAAAGGAGAAGAAGAAACAGAUGACUACAGAAGAGAAGAAAGCUCUGAAGGAGGAGAAAAUGAAACAAGAGGAGAAGUACAUGUGGGCUAUUCUUGAUGGGGUUAAGGAGAAGGUAGGAAACUUCAGAGUUGAACCGCCUGGAUUAUUUCGAGGUCGUGGAGAACAUCCAAAGAUGGGGAAGUUGAAAAGACGCAUUCACCCCAAAGACAUCACAAUUAAUAUCGGAAAAGAUGCUCCGAUCCCUGAAUGCCCUAUACCUGGUGAAAGGUGGAAGGAAGUAAGACAUGACAAUACGGUUACAUGGUUGGCUUUCUGGAACGAUCCAAUAAAUCCAAAAGAAUUCAAAUAUGUGUUCCUGGCGGCUAGUAGUUCAUUGAAAGGACAGAGUGACAAGGAGAAGUACGAGAAAGCAAGGAAGCUCAAGGACUACAUAAAAAACAUAAGGAAUGCUUAUACAAAGGAUUUUACAAGCAAAGAUCCUACACGAAGGCAAAUUGCAGUUGCUACUUAUCUCAUUGAUAAACUAGCUCUUAGGGCUGGGAAUGAGAAAGACGAUGAUGAAGCUGAUACGGUUGGCUGCUGUACACUUAAAGUAGAGAAUGUCAAAGCAGUACCUCCAAAUCUUCUGGAGUUCAAUUUCCUCGGUAAAGAUUCAAUCAAGUAUGAAAAUACUGUUGAGGUUGAGCUCCCUGUAUUCAAAGCGAUCACACAAUUUCAAAGUGGAAAAAGUGGAACUGAUGAUCUUUUUGACAAGCUGGAUACAAGUAAAUUAAACGCUCAUCUGAAGGAUCUCAUGCCCGGUCUCACCGCAAAAGUGUUUCGUACAUAUAAUGCUUCUAUCACACUUGAUGACAUGUUAAACAGAGGAAGUAAAGACGGAGACGUUGCAGAAAAGAUUGUCAUUUACCAGCACGCAAACAAGGAGGUUGCAAUUAUUUGUAAUCACCAGCGGACUGUUUCAAAAUCUCAUGGAGCGCAAAUGUCGAGAUUAAAUGAGAAGAUCUCUGAGCUCAGGGAUAUUCUGAAAGAGCUGAAAAUUGAUCUUGAUAGAGCAAAGAAAGGAAAGCCCCCUUUAAAAGAUGCUGAUGGAAAGCAAAAGAGGAAUUUGACGCCUGAAGUGUUAGAGAAGAAGAUAUCCCAAACAAAUGCAAAGAUCGAGAAGAUAGAGCGAGAUAUGCAGACUAAAGAGGAUUUGAAAACCGUGGCAUUGGGAACGUCAAAGAUCAACUACCUCGAUCCUCGAAUCACAGUCGCAUGGUGCAAGCGUCAUGAAGUCCCUAUCGAAAAGAUAUUCAACAAGUCUCUUCUAGCAAAGUUUGCGUGGGCAAUGGACGUGGAUCCCGACUUCAGAUUCUGAUUGUUGUUUUAUAUUGUGGUGGUGGUCUAAAAUCAUCCUUCGCCGCGGCUGAACCACGAAAGAAAAUAAGAAAGAAGAGAUGGAGUAGGAAAAAUCUUUAGUGUACUAUUUGGCAAUAUAUUCAAUGAUUUUUUUUCUUUUUCUUUUUAAUCCCUUUAGUUGGAGAGGAAAGUGGGGAGUCCCAUGAUGAUGAUGUAUGCUUAUUAUCUAAUCGUCUAAUUAUAUAAUAUUGGGGUAAAUGGCUCAUUUCAUUUCCACCCCACAAGCUGUGUACUAUGAAAACAGCCUUAUACUAAUUGUUCAACAUUUUAACACACCUUUAUAAAUUUGAUUAUACCUCC